CAGCAAGGGGCUGCACGUGCAGGGUGCACGGCAUCUCCAGCGUGAGAGGAGGCGCCGGCUAGUGCGCAUGUUUGAGAGCCUUCAAAGAGAAAAUGGAGAGGGAAGAACACGAGAGAGAGAGAGAGAGAGAGAGAGAGGAAGCCAGCAUCCACACACUCCUGCCCUGGUCUUGGAUGCAGUUUUAAAAGAAUCUUUGAAGUAUCAGAGGUAGCUCCUUCCAGACUGUUUCAGCACUGGACAGCUCUCCACAUGUAAGCAGGGUCAUGUAGGACUUUCCUCCGACAUUGCACAUGGCUGCCAUCGUGGAGCUCGGAACCAUGUCCAUCCCGCAGUUCCUUCUGGAAGUUUCCGUGGUGGUGGUGGCUGUCGUCUCCUUGGUGACCAACCUGUCCGUGCUGCUGUGCUUCACCCAGAGCUCCGAGCUGAGGUCCCACGUACCGGGGGUCUUCGUCCUCAACCUGUCCUUCUCCAACAUCCUCCUGGCUUUCGUCAACAUGCCCGCCACCUUUUUCGGGGUGGCCAAGGGCGCCGAGCCCUUCGGGAGCGCGUUCUGCCGAAUGGUCAGCUUCGCCGAGACGUUCCUGAGCGCCAACAGCAUGCUGAGCAUGGCGGCCCUCAGCCUGGACAGGUGGAUAGCGGUGAUGUUUCCUCUCAGCUACUCCAGCAAGAUGCGCUACCGGGACGCUUUCCUCAUGGUGGUCUACUCCUGGUUGCAGUCCCUGACCUUUGCGCUGACGCAGCUCCUGAUGGACUGGGGCGGCUACAGCCGCACGUACGCCUCGUGCACCGUUCACCUGGCCGCCGAGGGAAGGUCGCAGCUGGCCGCCUACGCCACCUUCACCGUGCUGCUCCACUGCAGCACCUUCGCUUUCUGCCUGGCCGUCCUCUGCUUCUCCUACCUCAAAGUUUUCCGAGUGGCCAAGUCCCACUGCAAGAGGAUAGACGUGAUCACGGUGCAGACGCUGCUCCUGCUGGUGGACAUUCACCCCAGCGUGAAGGAGAGGUGUUUGGCACAACAGAAGAAGAGGAGGCAGCGCGCCGCCAAAAAGAUUUGCGUCUUCAUCGGCUCUUUCGUCCUCUGCUUCUCACCUUAUGUCAUAACAAGGUUAGUGGAGUUGUUGCCAUCCGUGCACAUCCCUCAGUACUGGGGCAUAGCCACCAAAUGUCUGUGCUACGCCAAGGCUUCCAGCGACCCGUUUGUCUACUGUCUCCUGCGGCAUCAGUACAGAAAGGUCCUGGUUCGCCUCGUGGGCCGCUUCCUGAGAAAAGAUGGUUACUUGCUGUCCACCAGCACUUGGAGCAGCACCUUCGACACCACGGAAGAAAACUGUGCCAGGACAACUUGAAGCCCACGUGCGGCUGUUUGUUCUGAGAUUGCAGCUUUUCUGCUCCGAGUGAGUGGCUCCGAGGCCCGCGGAAGCGAAUCUGUGCCUUGGUCAAGGACGCUGGCGCAGAGGGCUCGGUCAUGUGACUUUUUAAAAGACACAAUGUGACCAAUUUCACAGUCAAGGACACGCAACAAUGUAUGCUGAAUGCAGCCUCUCCUUGUUGUGGUGUGCCUAAGGUCUUUUUCAUCUCUGCAGACUGUUGUUUGUUUUCCAGAGGGCUCAUCAGUUUGCCAAGAAUUACAUUACUUCAACAAUGUACACCUUUUAAUCUGUUUGUUACUGUACAUUUGUCACUGUACAUGUACAUGCCAAGUAACAUUGACUUUGUGGCGAUGUGUUAUCCAUGUGCAAAAAAAUUAUUGCUUUACAACACAAUUGACUUGUGCUAUGCGUCGGACAUUGUGU